CCCCAUUACGUCAGCCCCCUUUUCUUCUCCUUCCCUCCCACCGCCGCCACUUCCCUCCCACCGCCGUACCCCGCAAAACAGCCUAAUUCUUCUUCCCUCCUUAAACCUAAUCCCUGAAUAUUUGGUUUCUGCUUUUCAAUAUAAAAAGAAAAAAAAAUAACAUUUCUCCUAAAACCCUAAUUUCUGGUACCAUAAACCCUGAAGUUUUCUUCUUUACGUGGCGCCAUGGCCUCCGCCGCUGACGGUGGGGUAAACGACGUUGGGUUGGAAGCGCUCCAGAGGCUGAAAUCCACAGAACCGCCGCUCUACCUUACGAAGUCGGAGGAGCUCAAGGCGGCGGCUCGAUUGGCCUCGAAGUACUUAUUCGCUUCACUCUCUCCGUACGCUCGUAAAUCUCCAUUCAAUCAGCUAUUAGCCGGCGAAGAUUUCGAUGCCGAGCAGAUAUGGCAGCAAAUCGACCUCCAAGCUCACCCUUUGCUCUCAUCCAUCCGCCGCCGGGUCACAGAUUUCGAGAACAAUCCGGAAGAAAUCAAAAAACAAUUCAAUUUGGAUAGGGCUAGUGGAGAAGUGAAGAAUCGGAAAGUUACACGAAACGAGGUCGCCGAAACCUCGAGUGAUGAAUUGGAUGAUAUCGAUGAUAACGAUGAUGUUGAGGAGGAUGCGGAUGAAGACGACGAAGAAGAAGGGGAGGAAAACGAGGACGAUGACGAUGAUGAAAGAGAAAAUUUUAAUGGGGUGGAAGAUAAGUUUUUUAAGAUGAAGGAAUUGGAGAAGUAUUUGUUGGAAGACGAGGCGAGGGAGUAUGGACUCGAGAAGGAUAAUAAGAAUAAGAGAAAGAGAGGUAAAAUUGCAGAUAAGGACGAUGACGAAGAGGAUGAAGAUGAGGAGAGUGAAGAAGAAGAAGAGGACGACCAGAUUGCACUUAUGGCGGCGAUUGAUGGUGGAGAUGAUGCCGAACAUGCAAGAUAUGAAGACUUCUUUGGUGUUAGGAAAGUCCGGAAGAGAAACUUUAAUCAGUAUCAGUUUCGUAGAUCGGGCAAAUUGGAUAAGCAUGAACGUGACAACAAUAAUCAGGUUGUUCGUGAACCUGACAAUGACAUCGACAAUGAAGAUGACAAUGAAGAAGACAAUGAUGAAGACGAUGACGAAGACAGUGGCGAAGGCAAUCUGGUUACCAACGAGCCCGAAAGCGAAAACGACAAGCAGAAGAAACAAAGUGUGUCCACCCAUGAAAAAGAGCUCGAGAAAAAACGUGCUGAGAUAGAGAAAAUGGAGAAAGCAAACAUGGAACCAAAGACAUGGACCAUGCAGGGCGAGAUCACUGCUGCUAAAAGACCCAAAAAUAGUGCCUUGGAAGUUGAUCUUGAUUUUGAGCACAAUGUGAGACCCGCUCCGGAUAUCACACUAGAGGCCCAUGCAUCUCUUGAAGAGUUGAUUAAGAAACGUAUACUUGAGGGACGAUUUGAUGACGUUCAGAAGCCGGCUGCUUUAUCAACCAAGGCGCCAAGAGAGAGAAAGGAAUUGGAUGAGACCAAGAGCAGAAAGGGCCUUUCUGAACUUUAUGAGGAUGAGUAUGCUCAGAAGACUGGCCUCGUGUCAAACGCGUUGACUUUCUCAGAUGAACAAAAGAAAGAAGCAAGUACGCUGUUCAAGAAACUGUGCGUGAAGUUGGAUGCUCUAACUCAUUUCCAUUUCACUCCAAAACCAAUUAUCGAGGAUAUGUCCAUUCAAGCAAAUGUUCCUGCCCUAGCAAUGGAAGAGAUUGCACCUCUCGCGGUAUCUGAUGCAGCUAUGCUUGCUCCUGAAGAAGUGUUUUACGGCAAAGGAGACAUUAAAGAAGAAACUGAACUAACCAAGUCCGAUAGGAAGAAGAGAAGAGCAAAGAAGAAGAGAAAAUUCAAAGCCGAGUCUGUCAAAACGAUCGUUAUAAAGCCACAGCUUACCGCAUCAAAGAAUCCCGGCAAUGACAAAGAGGACAAAUGAGUUGCAGCUCGACAGUUUGUGUAAGAGAUUUUUCAUUGCCUUGACUCAAGAGUCGACUCUCGGUUCUUGGUUAAGCCUGAGAAUUAUCAGAGAAACAGAGGUGAAGGGGCAAAGGUUUUUCUGUAACAGUCUAGUGUGUGUGUCUUAAUUUACGUUCGCAAGUAUUGAUUAGCUAAAUCUUUUUCGGUUUGGCGGCAUUUUUGUAAUACUACGAGAAAUGGACUAAGUUAUAAUUGCCCUGCGAACAAGAUGGGCAUCAUUGUGUCCUUUACCUGAGAUAUAUCGAAUUUGAAUUUUUUUUUUUAGC